CAUGUGACCGCAGUCUAUUUACUUGUUUAGAAUCUAUAUUCAUUACCCAUUCAUUCGUUUCUCAGCCUUCUAUAAUUUCUCCCUUUUCCCUGUCCUUUUCACUUAUGCGUAUCUCUAGUCUUGGGGUCAGCCAUGCUCCGAUUCUUUUAGUGCACUAUCAUUUCGACUAUACACAUCUCUAACAACGUUACCAUCUCCGCGCAAACCCCGCGUCUUAUCGCGCAAUGGACGUGCGAUCCGACAUGACUGGUGCCGCGACCAGGGCCAGAGAUGAGAAAUAUGGAAAGUUUGACAUCGACGAUACGUGCUGCUUGAAGUCCAAUCCUACUUUCGUGGGACAUGUCUGCAGGACUCCUUACGAUGUAUUCACUUUCUUUUCCCUUUCGUCCGUUCUGUGAACGGUUGGAACAGUCCCAAAUUAACUCGUCUUGUCCAAGAUUGAUAACGACGAAUCCCUGGGCGAGCUUCUAAUCCUCUCUUAUACCCCCGUUCCCCCUAUGACCCUAGUGGAGUUCUUCAAAGCCGGUGUACCGCCGAAGGGAUAUGUUCUCGUUAGCUUCACAGAGCCUUCUCAAGGAACCUCGCUCAUACACGAGAGCGACCUUGAUCUAGUCGACCGCACUUUCGAUCUUGGUGAGACUGUCAAGUGCCACCCAGAUGAUACGAUCAGUGGUACAGUCAUCAGUGCCUCUGCAAAAUGUAGCCUCGAGCCUAUCGCUUAUCAAGCACUCGACCCGGAAACUGGAGAAUACAGUUCUCUUAUCUUCACGGCAAAGGCCGUCGAACGUGAAGGCUCCUCGGUAGUUGAGAACCGUGCCACAAGUCCUCCCCUGCUACAUGGGGUCCCAUUGUCGGAACUCAGAAAUUACGAAGAAUUUUCCGAAGGCGACUAUAUCAUCUUCCGGCAGAAACUGGGACUUAUUCAGGGAAUUGAUCGGGAUGCGAUAUUGCUCCUUCCAGAUCAGAAAGUUGUCUGUCCUCUCGACCCCGAUGCCUUGGAGAUUCCACUCUCGUUUAAUGCUGAUAAUCUUGUGGCAUUGCCGAGCAACACGAGUGCUAUGCGAUCUUACGCCUCAGCUAAUGGUGGAUCAGUUUGGUCCACAGAUUCAGAAUUUGUGUUCCCCGGCCAAUUUAUUUUUACACCUAGGAACAAUCUGAGCCGGGGUGACUUAUCCUCCAGUGCAGGCUUAGUCACUCAGCCUGAGGGCUACGUUAUAGCCACUCCAGCCAUGGAUAUUCAUGUGGACUGGAUCUGUCCGAAUGUGUUUGCCGUGGGCACACCCUAUAGUGGUACAAAUAGCGAGGUUAUAAGAGCAUCUAAGCUCCGUGGAAAUGCGGUGGUAUGCGAUUUUGGGCAAGUACCCCAGGAUGUCUCAGGUGGGAAGCCUGUCUGUUCAGAUACCUGGCUUAGUAUCGGGGACAGGGUUCGAUUCCGGGAUGUCACGUCUGCAAGUGCGAAAUAUUCUGCCUAUCAACAUAUCCCAACUAACCAGUCCUUUGGCCAUGAUAUAAACAUCUUCCGUAUUACUUCUAUGAAAACGGAGGUCACUGUUCAAUGGCAAAAUGGGACUACCACCACCGAAGUAGCGACUUCUCUACACAGAUUCCAUGGCACUGAAGAAGAACUCUGGCCUGGAAAUCUAGUUUUCCUGAAAGAUGGAGUUGACACUCUUCGUGAAACUUGCAAGCACAGCCCGGGGCCUCUCGGAUGCCAUACGAAGGAGACAGUAUUUGUUAGUAAAGCUGGGAUUGUUCAGAAUGUGGACAGUCAGGAAAGAAUAGCGUCAGUCCGCUGGUAUGAGGAUCCAGAAGUUAGAUUGACUCAUCGGGGGAACAUGGUAUUACCUGGGUCCUUCCUGGGUGAACUCGGCGAUGCCGUCACAGACGUCUCUAUCUAUGAGCUUCACUCAUAUUCUAGCGUGCAAAGGGUACUAAAUGACCUAGUACUCCUGGCCCCUGGAGUAGUUCAUCAGUCAUCAAUACCGGUACUUGGUCAUGAGCCUAGCCGAGCCGCUGGCCCUUGUCAGCUCAGCAUCCUGUCCCCAGCCACUUUCCUUGACACGGUUGUAUAUCUUGAAUCCAUGAAAUUAGCUAUGGUAGACAAGGAAUGGUUCAAAAGAACGACUAAGAUUGACACAUCGCCUGUACCUUCCAGGUACAGCGUACACCACGAUGAAUUUAAUUUCAAGUCACCGACAGAUUUCAUUGGCAAGAUCAUUUCAAUGGAUACUGAUGGCACCAUCACUGUGCGACUUGCAGGCGCUGACAAUAUCCGUGAUGUCCGUGUCCCAUGGGAGAGAAUCAUGAUGGUAAUUGACAAUGAAGAUUCAAUUCCACCUGUACCGCUCCCGCCUUUUGAACUGUUAACCCUUGCGGGAAUCAAUCGUUUGGCACAAUCUGGAGAGCUGUCAUUCACAGACACAGUUGAAUACGAGGGCGGCCAACGCCUUGAUGACGAUAGUGAGGAUGAUGAUUGGACGACGGAAGGCGAAUCUGAGCUUGAUGACGAUGAGGGCUUUGAGGAAAUUGUGGAAGACAAUGACUAUGACGCUGAAGGGCUCACAGCGCCUGCAGUGUCAAUCAUCAGUCCCCCUGAGACGCUCGAUUCUGACCAGCGGGACCAAUCUGAUAUUACUGAAGUCCAAACCCUAGUAUCCAAGGCGGAGGAUAGUCCAUUCAUACUCUCAUCACCCUUUCCAUCGUCAUGUCCUCCAGGCUUCUCUCUGCUAGAAAGCUCCCCCCCAUCUGACCACCACUUUCUUUCUAGUUCUAUAGGAGGAAUUUCCAGGUUACGUAUCAAGCGUAUUCAGAAAGAAUUUGGAAUUCUACGGACUUCCUUACCUUGUGGAAUUUUUGUGCGGACAUGGGAGUCUAGGGUGGACUUAUUACGGGCUUUGAUAAUUGGGCCUCAAGGAACGCCAUAUGAACAUGCGCCGUUUGUAAUAGAUUUUCGCUUCCCAGAUGAUUAUCCUACUCGGCCUCCAGCAGCAUAUUUUCAUUCUUGGACGAAUACGAAUGGGACGAUCAACCCAAAUCUGGGAGAAAAUGGCAAUAUCUGUCUCAGCCUCCUAGGUACUUGGCCCGGGAAGAACCCUGCGGAGAGCUGGUCUCCUACCAACUCGACAGUAUUGCAGAUUCUAGUCUCAAUUAUGGGCCUCGUCUUGGUGAAAGCACCGUUCUACAAUGAGGCUGGCUACGAAGCACUUGCUGCUGACGAUGAUAGGCGCAUCGAGUCGACCCAGUACACGGAAAAGGCCUUUCUGCUAACGCGGCGAUUUAUUCAACACGCCCUCGAGAAUUAUAUUGCUGGCUUGGAAGAUGUUUUGGCCUGGCAUUACCUCGCAGACCCCAGGCAACAGCAGGCGGAUCUUUGCAAUCGCCCACGGCUACUACGUCGGGCUAUUAAUGAAGCUCUUGGCAUGAUUGAACAUCAUAACAGUACACCAGCAGGUGAAAAGCUUAGCGAGGAGCGUGCAGCAUCGGCCUUUGUCUCUCGUCUCAGCUUGGGGGCAGUAGUGAUGCUACGAAAACAUAUCACUGCUCUGGAAAGGAUUGAAUCAGCCGCAGAUGCUCGAGAGAAGGUUUAAAAUUCUUCGAUCUUGCGCUGUAUAGGUUGUGUACCUAAUUUGAUCUGCUUUUAUUUGGUGUCGUGAGACCCAAUAAUGACUGUUCCUUUGCAUUCUUAUCCACACCGGAGCUCUUACUUGAAUUUUGGGCAUAUGGCCAACCUGACAGUUGCUAGGGCAUAACCGAUAUUUGAUAUUUGAUAUUCCAUAACCAUAUUUGUCAUCUAUCAUUACAAUUGCUGGACAGUACGAAGAAAAUUCGAGAGCAUAUCUGUUCCAAUUAAGGGAGUAUAUGGCGGCAAUGGACAGCCGACUGUAUACUACGGACCCUGAACCCUCUGUAACUUAAAUCAACAAGUAGAAG